UUUAUCGUGACCAUUAUUUCGCCUGUAGAUCAUUACUGAGGAAUACUAUUCGAAUCUUCACCACACCUCUCAUUUUAAUACGGUACAACAUCUUCACCAUCCUGUGACCUUUCGAGAGAAAUAGAUGCAUUAAACUCAAAUGAAUGCAUCGAAAAAAAUGUGUAAUAGUUUGAGGGGAAGACAAACUAAUGAAUAUUACAUUCAUCUUUAGCGGUAAUCCACUAUAUAUAAAUCAGGUGCUCGAUACAAGGAUUACAUUUAGUUUUCUAGUGACCGUAGGAAUUCAACGAUGAUCUCUUUGGUGGUUCUAUUAAGCAUAACUGGCCUUGCGUUAGGACAAUAUCGACCAGUUCCAUCAAGUCCUGGACAAAUAGUGAGGAUUAUCAGUCAAACACAAGAUGGCCCAAAUCCCGAUGGAUCUUACUCUUGGAGUUAUGAAGCAGAAAACGGCAUAUCAGCGAGAGAACAGGGCCGUCAAAAAGCUGCUGAACUAAUGGAAGCACAGGGCGAGUUCAAAUUCACCGCACUCGAUGGUACUCCAAUACAGCUCACCUACAUUGCCAACGAGAAUGGAUUUCAACCUCAAGGAGCCCAUUUACCAACCCCACCUCCAAUUCCAGAUGCCAUUUUGAGGUCUCUUGAGUACAAUGCCGCUCACCCCGAAGAAGAACAAGAAAGGCCAUUCCGCCGACCAUAAGUCAUUGUUCUCAAUGUUUAAUUUUCCUGUUGUUACGGUAUAAUGAUACUUCUGAAUGUGAUUUUAUGUAAUAUAGCAUUGCGAUUUGUAUAUAAGUUUCGUAUCGGAAAUAUGAUGUGCAUUUGAAAAUAAUAGUGAU